AUGGCGGCCCUAACCGUCGAGCAUCACUUCACCGGCGACAGGAAGCUACUGAAUGCCACCAUUGACCGCCGCAACAACCUCCGCAGCGCCCUCACUGCCCUCCACCAGGACCUGCAACAAUUGGAGGGCCAUCCGGUGCAGAUCGUGGCCACCAUCAACUUCAAUGUCCUAUCUCGUCCCCCGAAAUCCUACGUCUAUACCGUCGACGUGACCGACUCCCACUUCGACCCCGACUCAUUCGCCGCAACGACGACGACCAAUCCUCCAUCCGCGCCCCUCCCCGCCCCCACUGACGCCGGAAGCUCUCGAUCAGCAGGAGCAGCAUCCACGAGCAGGCCCCGCGACCAUGCCGACCCCAGACCGACCAAGCGAGCCAGGACAGACCAACCCUCCACGGGAGAUGGCAGUGCCAGUACAUCUGCCCUGUCUACCGUGCCGCAGCGCCUCGACGACCUCCAUACCUUCAUGAAGACCUGGCACGACGAAUGGACGAGACAAGGCGGAUGGCUCUUUGAUUCCAUCAAUGCCAUUGGCAAAGCGCAAAAGGCGGAUCUGGACCACGUAGAGAAGAAACUCGACACCAUGCAGGAUGUGAUUGGCCUCAGCAUCAACUCCGCCUGUGCCACCAACAUGACCGAACUCUCCAACAUCUCGAAACUCAUCCCGUGGCUGGAACACUGCCGGAAGACCAGUGCCGAUAAAGUGCACGCCCGCGAGGAGAAGUGGCGGUCCAGCAGCGCCACCUUUCACCAUGAAAGUCGCAAGGAACGGGAAGCUGCCGAGGCGAGGCUGGAGAAGAAGCUGGAAGCGCAACGUCACAUCCUGAUUAAGCUGGCGGAAAUGAAUGGAAUUGAUGUUGUUGAUGAAGACGAAGACCAUCAAGAUGAAGACCACAACAACGUCGACGAGGAGGAUGAUGAGAAGCAUAGCGAGGCGAGUCUCGGCGCCCAACUGACUGCCGAGCUCAACUCUGCAGCACAACGCGCAGAAUAA